GCUAUAUAGGUCAAACUACACCCACUUGAUAUCGAAUGGGUAUUAUUAAUAGUAACUGACUACUGCAUAUGCCCGGGGUCUUUAUAAAUGUGUAUUCCUAUCAGGAGAGCAAACGGACAAUAUCAUUUACUGACAGAAGGAAUCGAUGUACGAGACAGAUUUUAAAGAUGCAUAUUUCUGGAUGGCAGCAGCUAACAUCGUCUUCAAUCCACUCUUCUGGAACAUCGUGGCCAGGUGGGAAUAUCGCACCAAGGGGUUUUCUAAAGCUAUAGGUUCUUCGCGUGUUGCAUGUAUCAUGCUAGCGGUGACAAUUGUUUUAUUAGGUAUUCUUCGAGACUGGCUCUUCGGGAAGGCGGUACAAGCCCAACCGCGCUGGCUACCUUUUCAAGACAGUCGGAUUUUAUUAGCCGGAUACGCGAUAAUUAGCAUCGGUUGUGUAUUAGUUAUUUCCAGUUUCCUUUCUCUAGGCAUAUUUGGAACUUUUCUCGGUGACUAUUUUGGAAUACUAAUGAAGGAGCGAGUGACUGGAUUUCCAUUUAAUAUAGUAGAUAAUCCAAUGUAUUUGGGAGCAACGCUCAACUUUUUAGGUUAUGCCGUAACAGAAGCAAGCCUUGUUGGAUUUCUCUUGACGUUUCUGGUAGGUGUUGUGUAUAAGAUAGCUAUACUAUUUGAAGGAGAUUUCACCGACAAGAUUUAUCAAGAAAGAGUACAAAUGUCAAGAAAAGAAGUUUAAAUGACCCUUUUAAAGUAAAUGUGCCUUUUCGUUGAAAUAAAGUUAUUAAAUUUGA